UGUGAUUGCCGUAUUUUCUUGUUGUUGUCAGUCGCAAAAUUUUUGUCUCAAUCGAUUUUUUUUUAUUGUAUUUAAAAUUACCAUUUAACAACCUCUCUUCAAUAAAUACCACAAAAAGAAUAAAGCAUACAGCAAAACUACAACGAAGAUGGAUGCUUUACUAGACGAGGAGUUGGAGUCUCUGGAGGCGAUUCUUAUGGAUGAUGUGCGCAUUGUACGAAAUGCCAGCGGUGCUGUGGAGAGCAUCGAGACAACAGUUCUUCCGUUGACCGGCGAAGAGGAUGAGCAGCAAUACAUCUGUGUGACACUGCAGGUGCUGCCACCUGCCGGCUAUCCGGAUGUGAGUCCAACAUUCAAGCUGCUGCGCCCUCGUGGCCUUGAUGAUGCCCGCUUGGAGGCGAUUAGAAGCGCCUGCAAUGCUAAGAUCAAGGAAUCACUUGGAUUUCCCGUUGUCUUCGAUCUCAUCGAGGUGGUGCGCGAACAUUUAACUGGCAGCAAUCUGCCCAGUGGCCAGUGCGUGAUCUGUCUGUAUGGCUUUAGCGAGGGCGAUGAAUUCACACGCACCGAGUGCUUCCAUUAUCUACACAGCUAUUGUUUGGCCCGCCAUUUGAACGCACUGCGUCGUAACUACCAGGAGGAGUUCGAGAAGCUGCCUGCCUGGCUGCAAAAGACAGCCGACGCCUUUCAGGCUCUCUGUCCCGUCUGCCGCGAGCAUAUACACGACGAGUCAGAUAGCCUCAAAUGCGCCAUGCCGCCAUCGGAGCUAGAGAAUGCGCCUGAUUUUCGGGUAACACAGGAGCUGCGUCAAAUGCAGCAUCAUAUGUCCCAGCUGUAUUUGCAGCAGAAGAGUCGAGGCGCCAUCAUUGAUGCAGAGGCUGAAGGCAGUGCAGUGAUUGCCAUAGAGACCGAGGAAGAUAUACGCCGUCGACGUCGUCGCGAGGAGGCUGAAGCAGCCAAGAAGUUGGCUGGACCGCAGGAGGCUACAGGCAGCAGCAGCACGGCAACUACUCAAGCGAAGCCAGCGACCAGCAGCUUUGCGCCCGUGGUGCAGGAGACACAGCGCAUUAUGCCGGAGCCAACUAACAAUAAUUAUCAGCAUCAUAAUCGACGACAUUAUCGUGGCGGUCGCCGUCAUCAUCACCAUCAUCAUCAUCAUCGCAACGAGCGUGCCGAGAAUGCGCACAGCACUGCCGGGGGAGGUGGCGGCGGAGGAGGAGGAGGAAAUGGUGGUCCCAAUGCUGGCCAAGCUCCAGCCAGUGGCAGCGCAUCAAAUGGUGGCGCUGGCAAGCAACCAAAGGCUCAGACUGCCGCAGCCGGCCAUGCCAGGUGA